CGCCGAAGGGCCCACGUCGCCCCAGCGCGCCCCUUCGAGCCCCGGGCGCGGCUGGGGGGCAGCCGAGGCCGGAGAGCACCCUCCCCUCCCCGCCGGGCGGCUUGACGGGCCCCAGCGCUGGGCCGCCCCUCGCACUCCGCGGACGGCCCCGGCUGCGCGUGGGGCGGGGGAGGCCGGGCACCCCCAUGGGCUGACAGCAUGCCUGUCCGGCGCGGGCACGUGGCCCCCCAGAACACCUUCCUCGACACCAUCAUCCGCAAGUUCGAGGGGCAGAGCCGCAAGUUCAUCAUCGCCAACGCCCGGGUGGAGAACUGCGCCAUCAUCUACUGCAACGAUGGCUUCUGCGACCUUUGCGGCUACACUCGCGCCGAGGUCAUGCAGAAGCCCUGCACCUGCGACUUCCUCUAUGGGCCGCGCACGCAGAAGACCUCGGUGGCGCAGAUUGCGCAGGCCCUCCUGGGCUCCGAAGAGCGGAAGGUGGAGAUCUGCUUCUACCGGAAAGACGGGAGCUGCUUCCUGUGCCUGGUGGACGUGGUGCCCGUCAAGAACGAGGAUGGCUCCGUCAUCAUGUUCAUCCUCAACUUUGAGGUGGUGAUGGAGAGGGACCUUCUGACCAGCCCCGUCAAGAACACCAACCACUGGGUCUCCCCAGCCGCCUGGCUGCCCACAGGUCGGGGCAAGUCCUUCCGCCUGAAGCUCCCGGCACUGCUGGCGCUGGCGGGCAGCAAGCAGUCUCUCCCGCAGGAUGACCCGGACGAGGCGGUGGUGGUGGUGGACUUCUGCAAGCAGAGCAGCGAGUCGGUGGCGCUGGAAGAGGUCACCUCCUCGCUGGACAACAACUGCCUGGGGUGCGGGGAGCCCGAGGACCGGCAGGCGCUGAUGGAGCGCCAGGGGGGCGGGGCCUCGGAGCCGCCCGUCACCCACUCCUCCCCCCGGGCCGAGAAGACCCGCCUCAACCUGGACGCCUCCUUCUCCAACUGCAGCCUGACUCGCACCCGCUCCCGGGAGAGCUUCUACAGCGUGCGCAGAGCCUCCUCCGUGGACGACAUCGAGGCCAUGAAGGGCGAGGGGGAGAAGGGCCGUGGGCACAGCCGCCACGCCAGCACAGGCGCCAUGAACAACGUCCGCAGCCACCUGCUGAACUCCACCUCCGACUCGGACCUGAUCCGCUACCGAGCCAUCAGCAAGAUCCCCCAGAUCACCCUCAACUUUGUGGACUUCAAGGCAGAGGCCUUCCUGACGUCGCCCUCCAAUGAGAAGGAGAUCAUUGCCUCCAGCAAGCUCAAGGAUCGCACUCACAACGUCACCGAGAAGGUCACCCAGGUCCUGUCUCUGGGCGCUGACGUCCUCCCAGAGUACAAGCUGCAGGCGCCCCGCAUCCACAAGUGGACCAUCCUGCACUACAGCCCCUUCAAGGCGGUCUGGGAUUGGCUGAUCCUGCUGCUGGUCAUCUACACGGCCAUCUUCACGCCCUACUCGGCCGCCUUCCUGCUGCACGACCGGGAGGAGCAGGCGCGGCGCUUCUGCGGCUACUCCUGCAGCCCGCUCAACGUGGUUGACCUCAUCGUGGACAUCAUGUUCAUCAUCGACAUCCUCAUCAACUUCCGCACCACCUACGUCAACUGCAACGAGGAGGUGGUCAGCCACCCGGCCAAGAUCGCCAUCCACUACUUCAAGGGCUGGUUCCUCAUCGACAUGGUGGCCGCCAUCCCCUUCGACCUGCUCAUCUUCGGCUCCGGCUCCGAGGAGACCACCACCCUGAUUGGGCUGCUGAAGACGGCGCGGCUGCUGCGCCUGGUGCGAGUGGCGCGCAAGCUGGACCGCUACUCGGAGUACGGGGCGGCCGUCCUCUUCCUGCUGAUGUGCACCUUUGCCCUGAUUGCGCACUGGCUGGCCUGCAUCUGGUACGCCAUCGGCAACAUGGAGGACAAGACCAUCGGCUGGCUGCACUCGCUGGGCAGCCAGAUCGGCAAGCCCUACAACGAGAGCACCCCCCACAUGGGGCCCACCAUCAAGGACAAGUACAUCACCGCCCUCUACUUCACCUUCAGCAGCCUCACCAGCGUGGGCUUCGGGAACGUCUCCCCCAACACCAACCCCGAGAAGAUCUUCUCCAUCUGCGUCAUGCUCAUCGGAUCCCUGAUGUACGCCAGCAUCUUUGGGAACGUGUCGGCCAUCAUCCAGCGCCUCUACUCGGGAACGGCCCGCUACCACACCCAGAUGCUCCGGGUGCGAGAGUUCAUCCGCUUCCACCAGAUCCCCAACCCGCUUCGCCAGCGCCUGGAGGAGUACUUCCAGCACGCCUGGUCCUACACCAACGGCAUCGACAUGAACGCGGUGCUAAAAGGAUUCCCCGAGUGCCUGCAGGCGGACAUCUGCCUGCACCUGAACCGCAGCCUCCUGCAGAACUGCCGCCCUUUCAAGGGAGCCACCAAGGGGUGCCUGCGGGCGCUGGCCAUGAAGUUCAAGACCACCCAUGCCCCCCCGGGAGACACGCUGGUCCAUGCCGGAGACGUCCUCACCGCCCUCUACUUCAUCUCCCGAGGCUCCAUUGAGAUCCUGCGGGGGGACGUGGUCGUGGCCAUCCUAGGGAAGAAUGACAUCUUUGGGGAGCCCCUCAACCUGUACGCCCGGCCCGGCAAGUCCAACGCAGACGUGCGCGCCCUGACCUACUGCGACCUGCACAAGAUUCACCGCGAGGACCUCCUGGAGGUGCUGGACAUGUACCCCGAGUUCUCUGACCACUUCUGGUCCAACCUAGAGAUCACCUUCAACCUGCGCGACACCAACAUGAUUCCGGGGUCGCCCAGCAGCGACGAGAUGAACGGCGGCUUCAACCGCCUGCGGCGCCGCAAGCUCUCCUUCCGCCGCCGCACCGAGAAAGAUGAGGAGAUUCCGGGGGAAGGCAAAGCCCAGCCCAAAGUGCUGCACGUCGGCCAGAACUGCCAAGCUCCGGGGGCUCCCCGCGGACCCCCCAAAUGGGACCCCUGCCUCAGCAGCUCCGUGGCGUCCAGCCCACCCUCCAGUGACGAGGAGGAGACCCCCGUCCCCGUCUCCAGCGCCCCAGAGCUGUCGCCUUUCCACCCCACGGACCCUGCCGGCCAGCCCCCCUCCCCUGCAGCCGCGGACCCCAAACGCAGCAACGUCUGCAACCCACUCUCAGGGGCCUUUUCAGGCGUGUCCAAUAUCUUCAGCUUCUGGGGGGAGAGCCGUGAGCACCAGUACCAAGAGCUGCCCCGCUGCCCGGCCCCUGCACACACCGCCCUCAACAUCCCGCUGGGCAGCAGCGCCCCCCUCGGCCGGAGGCAGCGCUGCGAGCUGGAGGCUCGCCUGGACCUGCUCCAGAAGCAGCUCAACAGGCUGGAGAGCCGCCUCACCGCGGACGUGUCGGCCAUCCUGCAGCUUCUCCAGCGCCAGGCCGUGCUAGUGCCUCCUGCCUACAGCGCCGUCUCCUCUCCACUGCCUCCAGUGGCCCCGGGCCCCGGGCUGGCCCCAGGGGAGCCCCCCCUGCCCAUCAGCCCCACCCGGCCUCAGGCGCUCCACACCCCAGCUCAGGUUUCCCAUUUCCCGGGACCCUGCAUGGACUCAGCCCAGCCCCGGGACGUGGUGCUGCUGGUGGACCCGCUGCCCCCCGCCCCUCCUCGGCGCCUUUCGCUCCCAGGGCAGCUGCCCGCCCCCCCUCGGCCGCCGGCCCCUCCGGACCUCUCCGCGGACUUGCACAGACACUGCUCGGACCCCGGCAGUUAAUGGACUUUGCAGAGGCGGCCCCAACGGAGGGCCUUUUUGGGAGUUGGAAGCGGCCCCCCACCCGUCGCGGUCGGAGAGGGGGGCUCACCUUGAGCCUCAAGGAUGGCGGUGAUUGGCUGCCCAGCGGGCGUGGCCAGAGGAGGGGCAGCCCCCCCACCCGCUGUGAUGUUAGCUGGCCUAACAGGGGUGGGUCAGUCGCCGUGGUGACCACCAGGCGAUUGGCUGGUGCGGAUGGCGGCGAGCGGACUGGUUGCUUGCAGGAAUAGCGGUUGUAAUAAUGACGCAUAACAACUAUUAUUAAUAAUACUGAUAAGGGUUAGAAUCCCCUCCCUUGUGAUCCCCAAACAUAUCAGGCCAGCAGGACAUGCAGAGCCACCCGUGGGUCCAAGGAGGGGCCGGGGGGAGGGAGGAAGCCGGGGGCACCCAAGGGGUCCCGGGAGAAAGUGGGUCUGCAUUGGGGGGCAAGAAGAGGGAGGCUCCCCCUGUUUGGCCCAGGUGGGUCCUUCUGGGGUCUCUCUUAGCUUAGAAGCACAGAACAGUAGCAUCAGGAGGGAUCCCCCAGGGUCAUCUAAUAAUAAUAAUAUUAAAAUUUUAUUUAUAUCCUGCCCUCCCCAGUCAAAGCCGGGCUCAGAGCGGCUAACAAGAGUAAAAUAAUACAGCAUUCUAAAAUCAAUUCAUUAUAAAAUCAGUUUAAAUCAAAUUGAUGGCAACCAUUGGGCUAGAGUUCUGUGAGGAUCACCAAAGGAGGGGGUCGGACUGUGCCUUGUCCAAAGGCCUGGUGGAACAGCUCUGUCUUGCAGGCCCUGCGGAAAGAUGUCAAGUCCCGCAGGGCCCUAGUCUCUUGUGACAGAUCGUUCCACCAGAUCGGGGCCACAGCUGAAAAAGCCCUGGCUCUGGUUGAGGCCAGCCUAACCUCCCUGUGGCCUGGGACCUCCGAGAUGUUUUUAUUUGAAGACCAUAAGGUCCUCCGUGGGACAUACCAGGAGAGGCGGUCCCGUAGGUACGAGGGUCCUAAGCCGUAUAGGGCUUUAAAGGUUAAAACCAGCACCUUGAACCUGAUCCUGUGCUCCACCGGGAGCCAGUGCAGCUGGUAUAGUACCGGAUGAAUAUGAUCUUGCAGGGAAGACCCCAUAAGGAGUCUCGCCGCGGCAUUCUGCACCCGCUGGAGUUUCUGGGUCAGUCUCAAGGGCAGCCCCACAUAGAGCGAGUUACAAUAACCCAGUCUGGAGGUGACCGUCGCGUGGAUCACAGUGGCCAGAUCAGGGCGAGAGGGAUAAGGAGCCAACUGCUAGUCCAACCCCUUGCAAUAAUGGGGAGGGGGUCUGCCCC